AACUUCUCUCUAACUCUUUCAUCAACAUUGAAGAGCAAAUUAGAGGAAAAUAUGAGAGCUAGGGAAGCAAAAAUGCAAAGAAUUAAAUCUCUUGUUUUGUUGAUGAUUUUUGUGGGAUUUUCUUGUUUUAUUCAUGUUAAUGGACUUAGUAAUCCAUCAUUUGAUCAUCAUUUCUCUAGUGGUAGUUACUAUGAACAAAUGAAAAAGAUGCAAGCUCUUAAGUCUUCUUUAAUCCGCCGCGAAUUGGCUUCAUCUCCGGCGCCUUCUCCGGCUCCUUCUCCUACCAUUUUUGCUCCACCUCCUUCACCAGAGGGAAAUUACCCAUCACGUUCAAGAGUGAUACAAGUGACAACAUUUGGAGCAGAUCCAACGGGCAAAAAUGAUAGCACAGAGGCACUUUUGAGAGCAAUAGGAUCGGCAUUUGAGGGUUCAGGCAGAGAAGGGUCUUUAAUGGAAGGAAUAAAUAAUCUUGGAGGAACUCACAUUUCUCUUGAAGGUGGCAUUUUCUUGAUUUCUAGACCUCUUCGUAUGCCUCUUCUCAGGGCAGGCAACCUUAUGAUUAGCGGUGGGACAUUACAAGCAUCAGAUAAUUUUCCAACAGAUGGAUAUCUAAUUGAAUUAUCAGCAUCAUCAACUUCCUAUAACUAUGAAUUUUUUACCCUUAAAGACUUGAUGAUUGAUUGCAAUUUCAGAGGUGGAGGCAUUUCAGUUAUAAAUUCACUUAGAACUAAUAUUGACAAUUGUUACAUUUCACAUUUCAACACGGACGGAAUAUUAGUCCAACGAGGUCACGAGACCUACAUCCGUAACACAUUUAUCGGUCAACACAUUACAGCCGGAGGCGAUCCGGGUGAAAGAAACUUUUCGGGCACGGGAGUUAACCUAAUGGGAAAUGAUAAUGCUCUUACCGAUGUGGUGAUAUUUUCAGCUUCCAUCGGAGUGAUGAUCUCGGGUCAGGGUAACACACUUUCCGGGGUACAUUGUUACAAUAAGGCUACGGGUUUCGGUGGUACGGGAAUUUAUUUAAAAUUGCCUAAUCUGACACAAACAAGGAUUGUGAAUUGUUAUUUAGAUUACAAUGGAAUUAUUGCUGAAGACCCUAAUCAACUUACCAUUACUAAUAGUUUUUUUCUUGGCGAUGGAUUCAUUCUAUUGAAAUCGAUAAAUGGGAUCGCUAAAGGGAUUAAUAUUGUCGAUAACAUGUUUUCGGGGAGCAAUAAGGGGAUUGACAUUGUUCAAUUGGAUGAAUCGAGUGGUCGUUUCAAUGAUAUCGAUCAAAUUGUGGUGGAUCGGAAUAUCGUUCGAGGGAUGGAAUUAAAGGCAACGAUUGCCAGGCAGUCUGUUCAAGGAAAUGGGAUAUCUUGGACAUUUGAUUUUAAUCCAAUCUUACUAUUCCCUAACCUUAUUAACCAUGUUCAGUAUACAUUGCUAAAUGAAAAUACUAGCUAUUUUUCUAACCAUGCUCUACGAAGUGUUGAUAAAAACCGGGUUAUGAUCCAGUCGGAUUCCCCGGUGCUUGCGAGGGUUUUCGUUACGGUGAAUCAAGGAUCAACAAAUUAAAGAUGAUUUAUGGAGUUUGGAUUAUAAACAUAUGAGUGAACAGUUGUGUAUACUAGAGGGAGUUGAUGCCUCUCUUUUUUUCCCUUUAAAUACAUUGAUGAGAAGUAUAUUUAAUUAUAGAAAGCAACAUAUAGAUUGCAAUUAUUUAAAUAUACACGUAGUAGCAAAUUCAUUA